UGAUACUUCUAUUUUCGAUGUUUAGAAGGCAACAUGGAGAAAAGUAAUUAACGGAGGGAAGAUGUACGAGUGGACUUCGUCUCCGACCACACGUCGGUGCAAAUGAAAACCGGCAUACUUUCAAACCCUAAUUUCCGACAAUUCCCCCUUUUCGUCAACCCUAAUCACUUCAAUUUCGAUUCUUUCAAUUCUCAUUCAAUCAAUUUCCGAACCAAAAUCUCUCUUCCAAAUGAUUUAACUCUUCUUCUUCAUCUUCUUCUUCUAUAAUCGACACAAUUUCAAUGGAUUCCGACUCCAUUUUUCUGGAGGAUUUCGGGCAGAAAGUCGAUCUUACUCGCAGAAUUCGGGAGGUUUUGCUGAACUAUCCUGAAGGAACAACAGUGUUAAAGGAGCUCAUCCAGAAUGCCGAUGAUGCCGGUGCUACGAAGGUUAGUCUCUGCUUGGAUCGACGCUCUCAUGGCGUCGAUUCUUUGCUGUCUGAUACGCUAGCUAAGUGGCAAGGUCCUGGUUUACUGGCGCAUAAUGAUGCUGUUUUCACGGAGGAGGAUUUUGUUAGUAUUUCUAGGAUUGGUGGAAGUAAAAAGCAUAGCCAAGCUUGGAAAACCGGCCGCUUUGGGGUUGGGUUCAACUCGGUGUACCAUUUGACCGAUCUACCGUCUUUUGUAAGUGGUAAAUAUUUGGUGCUGUUUGAUCCUCAAGGAGUCUAUCUUCCUAAUGUUUCUGCUGCAAAUCCGGGAAAGCGAAUAGAAUAUGUCAGCACUUCAGCUAUAUCGCGGUAUAAUGAUCAGCUAUUUCCAUACUGUGCCUUUGGUUGCGAUAUGAGAAGUCCUUUCAGUGGAACUCUUUUUCGUUUCCCUCUAAGGAGUGCAGAUCAGGCUGCAGAAAGUAAGCUUUCAAGGCAGACAUACUCAGAAGAUGAUAUAUCCUCUAUGUUUUCUCAGCUUUAUGAAGAAGGGGUUUUUUCUUUGCUCUUCCUUAAAAGUGUGUUGUCAAUCGAAAUGUACGUAUGGGAUGUUGGAGAGAUGAUGCCUAGGAAACUCUAUUCAUGCUCCGUCAGCUCAGCAGAUAAAGACAUAAUUUCACAUCGUCAGUUGCUUUUGAGACUGUCAAAGCUAUCCAGCAUUCGUACCUUUGAAAUGGAUUCUUUCAUUUUAGAUUUUGUAACUGAGGCUAUCAGUGGAAGCUCCAUUCAGAAGAGGACUCAUACCUUCUACAUAGUCCAAGCCAUGGCAUCAGCAUCCAGUAGGAUUGGUUCCUUUGCAGCCAAGGCCGCCACGGAGUAUGAUCUUCAUCUUCUGCCCUGGGCAUCUGUUGCUGCAUGCAUUUCUGAUGAUUCCACAAAUGGUGAUGGUCUUAAGGAUGGCCGAGCUUUCUGCUUUCUUCCAUUGCCUGUAAGAACUGGGUUGACAGUGCAGGUGAAUGGAUACUUUGAAGUUUCAUCAAAUCGUCGUGGAAUUUGGUAUGGGGCGGAUAUGGAUAGAAGUGGAAAAAUUAGAUCUAUUUGGAACAGACUUCUUUUGGAGGAUGUUGUUGCGCCGGUUUUUAAAACAUUACUUCUUGGUGUGCAAGGAAUUCUAGGUCCAACAAGCUCAUAUUAUUCCCUAUGGCCUAUUGGUGACUUUGAGGAGCCAUGGAGUAUACUGAUUCAUCAUAUCUACAAAAGCAUUGUUCAGUCUCCUGUCUUGUAUACAGAUGUCGGAGGGGGGAAAUGGGUAUCACCUACUGAAUCUUUUCUUCAUGAUGAGGAGUAUACUGAUAAAGAGGAGCUCGCUAAUGUCCUCCUGCAGCUGGGGAAGCACAUUGUUCGUUUGCCUAAUUCCUUGAGGAACAUGCUUUUGAAGUCCACAACAGAUUUUCAAUGGAAUGUGAUCACCCCUGAUACAGUGAGAUGUUUCAUCCGUGACUGCAAUUCUGUAAGUAGUCUCAGCAGUGCUCAGAGAGUGCUUUUGUUAGAAUAUUGCCUUGAAGACCUCUUAGAUUCUGAUGUUGGAAGGUGUGCAAACAACUUGCCUUUGCUGCCCUUGGCAAAUGGGAGCUUUGGAUCUUUCUCCGAAGCUUCUAAAGGCAUCUCUUUGUUCAUUUGCAAUGAGUUGGAACGCGAGCUGCUUCAACAGGUACCUGAUAGAGUGAUUGAUGGGAAUCUCUCUAACAAGAUUAUGAAGAGACUUUUAGGUGUUGCAGAUUGCUCAGGGGCCAAUCUAGUUGUGUUUAAACCUGAAUACCUUGUUCAGUUAUUGGACAAAAUCAUGCCUCCAGAGUGGAGAUUUAAAAGUAAGGUUCUUUGGGAGCAUGGAAGGGCUCAGAAUAAUCAUCCAACUCCUUCGUGGUUUGUCAUAUUCUGGCAAUAUCUCAGAUGUAAUUGUGAAAACUUGUCUUUGUUUCAUGAGUGGCCCAUCUUACCAUCCAUUUCGGGGCAUCUAUAUAGAUCCUCCAAGCAGUCAAAAUUGAUUAAUGUCGAAAGACUUUCUGAGAGAUUGAAAUGUGUUCUUGUCAAAGUUGGAUGCAAGAUAUUUGAUACUAAGUAUGGAAUUGAGCAUCCUGAUCUGUCAUAUUACGUUGGUGAUGCAACUGGGCCAGCCGUACUGGAAUCAAUUUUUGAUGUUGUCACUUCAAGUGGUGGUGUCGUGCUAACAUGUCUUUUUGUGCUAGAAGCAGAAGACAGAAAUGAGCUUCGUAACUUUCUUCUUGAUUCGAAGUGGUAUAUUAGUGGGUAUAUGGGGGACUCUGAUAUAUGGAAGUGCAAGAAGCUCCCCAUUUAUGCAGUAUAUGGUGAAGAAUCUGAUGAUAACUUCCACUUUUCUGAUCUAGUUGAUUCUCAAAAAUAUCUGCCACCAAAGGAUGUUUCAAAUUGCUUUCUUGGAAGUGAAUUCAUUUCUAGCUCCUCUGAUAUUGAAGAAAAUGUACUACAGAGAUACUAUGGUUUGCAGCGUAUGGGCAAGGCACAUUUCUAUAGGAGGCAAGUGUUCAGUAGGAUUAAAGAUUUGCCAGCUGAGGAUCGUGAUAGCAUCAUGCUCUCUGUGCUAAAGGAUUUGUCACAUUUGUGCAUUGAGGAUUCAAGUUUUAGGGAAGCUAUGAGGAAUAUAGAAUUUGUCCCGACCCAUACAGGUGCUAUAAAGUGUCCAGGUGCUUUAUAUGACCCUAGAAAUGAAGAGUUGCUAGCUUUGCUUGAAGAUACUGACCUUUUCCCAUGCGGUGCUUUCCAAGAAUCAGAGAUUUUAGAUGUUCUACAGGGUUUGGGCCUCAGGACAUCUGCAUCUCCAGAUACAGUAUUACAGUGUGCUCGAUAUGUGGAACAAAUAAAGCAAGGGGAUCCAGAGAAAGCAUAUCUCAGAGGGAAGGUUCUUCUGGCAUAUCUGGAGGCAAAUGCCCAAAGGUGGGCUGCUAUUCGACUAAAUGAUGAUCAAGGGACACUGAAUAGAGUGUUUUCUAGAGCUGCAACUGCCUUCAGGCCUCGUAAUAUGAGAACCGACCUAGAAAAAUUUUGGAACGAUCUUCGGAUGAUUUGCUGGUGUCCAGUUAUUGUUUCUGCUCCCUAUCCAGCUAUGCCCUGGCCUGGUGUGCCAUCAGCUGUUGCUCCUCCGAUGCUUGUUAGACCCAAAACAGACAUGUGGCUUGUGUCAGCUAGUAUGCGAAUUCUAGAUGGAGAAUGUGCUUCAACAAUCUUGUCCUAUCAGCUUGGAUGGUCUUCCGCUCCUGGUGGAAGUGUGGUUGCUGCGCAGAUCCUUGAGCUUGGAAAAGACAAUGAGAUUGUGACUGAUCAAGUCUUCCGGCAGCAGUUAGCCCUUGCCAUGCCAAGGAUAUAUGCCAGACUAACAGAUAUCAUUGGUUCGGAUGAGAUAGACAUUGUUAAGGCUGUUCUGGAAGGAUGCCGUUGGAUUUGGGUGGGGGAUGGUUUUGCAACUGCAGAAGAGGUCGUCCUAAAUGGUCCUUUACAUUUGGCUCCGUAUAUUCGUGUUAUACCUAUUGAUUUGGCUGUAUUCAAGGAACUAUUUUUGGAGCUUGGCAUCAGGGAAUUUUUAAAUUUUGGCGAUUAUGCCAAGAUAUUAUGUAGAAUGGCUAAGCGGAAAGGGAAUGAUUCUUUGACUGGAGAGGAACUCACGGCUGCUAUUCUUGUUGUGCAGCAUUUGGCUGAGGCUGCAUUUAAUGAAAAGCAUGUGAUUAUCUACUUACCUGAUGCUUCAGGUCGACUCUUGCCUGCAUCAGAUUUAGUUUAUAAUGAUGCUCCCUGGUUGCUCGGAUCGGAAGAUUCAGACGGUACAUCAAAUCAUGCAUCUACCCUCUCGUUGAGUGCAAGACAAUCUGUUCAGAGAUUUGUGCAUGGGAACAUAUCAAAUGAUGUCGCGGAGAAGCUUGGUGUCUGCUCACUACGGAGGUCAUUGCUAGCUGAGAGUGCUGAUUCGAUGAAUUUGAGCCUAUCUGGGGCAGCUGAAGCAUUUGGUCAGCAUGAAGCGUUGACCACCAGGCUGAAACAUAUACUUGAGAUGUAUGCUGAUGGACCUGGAAUUCUUUUUGAGCUAGUACAGAAUGCUGAGGAUGCUGGAGCCUCAGAGGUUAUCUUUCUACUGGAUAAAACUCACUAUGGAACUUCAUCGUUGCUUUCACCUGAGAUGGCCGACUGGCAGGGCCCUGCUUUAUAUUGUUAUAAUGACUCCAUCUUCAGCCCACAGGAUCUUUAUUCUAUCUCACGUAUUGGUCAAGAUAGCAAACUGGAGAAGCCUUUUGCAAUUGGUAGGUUCGGACUAGGAUUCAAUUGUGUAUACCAUUUUACCGAUAUUCCUUCAUUUGUAUCGGGGGAAAACAUUGUGAUGUUUGAUCCACAUGCAUGUAACUUGCCUGGUAUCUCCCCCUCUCAUCCUGGAUUGCGUAUUAAGUUUGUAGGGAGAAGGAUUCUGGAACAAUUUCCAGAUCAAUUCUCACCAUUUUUGUACUUUGGCUGUGACUUGCAAAAUCAGUUUCCUGGAACACUCUUCCGGUUUCCUCUUAGAACAGCCAGCACUUCCCCUCGAAGCCAAAUAAAACAAGAAGGAUAUGCACCUGAAGAUGUCAUGUCUCUAUUCUCUUCAUUUUCCAAGGUUGUUUCUGAGACUCUUCUUUUUCUACGCAGAGUGAAAUCCAUAUCUUUAUAUGUGAAGGAUGGAUCUGAUACAGAGAUGCAACUGGUGCACAGAGUGCAAAGGCAUACGUUCCUUGAGCCAGAACGUCCCCUGCAUGGCCUUGAUUAUAUGUUUGAUUACCUUAAUGGGACCCAGAUGUGUAAGGUGGAUAAAAAACAGUUUCUUGAUAAGUUGAGAGGAUAUGGAGUUGAAAAUUUCCCCAGGAGAUUACAAAAGGUUGUGGUUAGAGAACAAUCCUCAUCUGAUAUUAUGUCACAUAUAUGGAUGAUGAGUGAAUGUUUAGGUAGUGGACAGGACCAAAAGUCUGCAGGUACCCAAUUAAACUCUCAGAAGGGCCUUCCAUGGUCAGCUGUUGCUGCCUACUUGCAGUCUUCUAAGUUUGAUGCUGGCUCUUGUGAUUCCACACUGGUUGAAGGAUCUCUUACCAUUUUGCCUGGCACUUCACAAGAUGGGGAACUAUCUGCUCAUUGUCGAAGUAAUUUUGAGGGUCGUGCCUUCUGCUUUUUACCUUUGCCAAUAAGCACUGGUCUUCCAGCACAUGUCAAUGCAUUUUUUGAAUUAUCAUCUAAUAGGAGAGAUAUUUGGUUUGGCAAUGACAUGUCAGGUGGUGGAAGAAAACGUUCCGACUGGAAUAUUUACCUUCUUGAGCAUGUUACCGCCCCAGCAUAUGCUUACUUGCUUGAAAAGCUGGCUAUGGAAGUUGGUUCUUCUGAUCGGUUCCUCUCUUUUUGGCCGACAAGAUUAGGAGGAGAACCUUGGUCAUCUGUAGUGCGGAAGCUAUACAUGUUUAUUGCGGAUAUUGAUGUUCGUGUUCUACACACAAAAGCUAGAGGCGGUCAGUGGAUCUCAGCGAAGCAAGCUCUAUUUCCUGAUUUUACUUUUGAGAAGAUGCCUCAUCUUGUUGAUGCAUUAUCGGAUGUAGGCCUACCCCUGGUCACUGUUUCGAAGACACUUGUUGAGCGAUUUGUGGAAGUCCGGCCUUCAUUACAUUUUUUAACACCUCAGCUGCUUAGGAUGCUGUUGAUUCGACGCAAAUGUAAAUUUACUGAGAGAAUUGCAUUGAAUUUGACACUUCAGUAUUGCUUAUUUGACUUGGAAAAACCGGUUCAGUCUAAGUGUUUGUACGGUUUACCUUUGAUACCGUUGGCAAAUGGCUCAUCUACAACAUUUAAUCCAAGAGGUGUGGAUGAAAGAAUUUACAUUGCUCAUGGAAAUGAUUACGAUCUUCUCAAAGGUCCGAUUCCGAGUCAAUUGGUUGACAAGGCAAUUCCGGAAGAAGUUUACUUGAAGUUAUGUGACAUAGCACAAAAUGAGGAUUCAAAUGUAUCCUUUCUGACUUGUCAUCUGCUUGAGAAGCUUCUCCUUCGGAUACUUCCUGUGGAUUGGCAAAAUGCUAAAGAAGUCAAGUGGAUCCCUGGUCAUGUUCAGCAACCCUCUGUAGAUUGGAUGAGAUUGUUCUGGAGUUACCUAAGUUCAAGUUGUGAUGAUCUCUCAGUGUUCUCUAAGUGGCCUAUCUUGCCAGUUGGAAAUGAUCAUCUCAUGCAGCUUGCUAAGAACUCAAAUAUUAUUGAAGAUGAAGGAUGGAGUGAAAAUAUUUCAUCAUUGUUGUUGAAAGUAGGUUGUCUAUUUCUUAGACGUGACUUCCCUAUCGAACAUCCACAGUUGAAGAACUAUGUUCAGGCACCCACUGCAGCUGGUAUUCUUAACGCCUUGCUGGAUGUAGCUGGUACGGUAGAUAAUGUUGACGGGCUCUUUCCUGAUUCCUCAGAAAGAGAAUUGCAUGAAUUAAGAAACUUUAUUUUGCAGUCCAAGUGGUUCUCUGAAGAUGAAAUGCAUUGCACAAAUAUCGAGGUUAUCAAACAUAUUCCUAUGUUUGAAUCAUGCAGAAGCCGAAAACUAGUCAGCUUGAGUAAAGGUAUCAAAUGGCUUAUACCAAGUGGAUUACGUGAGGAUCUUUUGGAUGACGACUUUGUCCGUGCUGAAUCAGAGGGAGAACGAAUCAUAUUGAGCAAAUAUCUGGAUGUUCAAGAAUUUUCCAAGGCAGAAUUCUAUAAGCAUUAUGUGCUGAAUCGCAUGUCAGAUUUUCUUUCAUCACAAGGAGCUCUUUCUACUAUUUUACAUGAAGUAAAACUGUUGGUUGAGGAGGAUGUUUCAACUAAGGAUGCACUUUCAAUCACUCCAUUUGUUUUAGGUUGCAAUGGUUCUUGGCAACAGCCAUCCAGGCUUUAUGAUCCUCGGGUUCCUGAGCUGCACCUGCUACUGCACAAAGAAGUUUUCUUCCCUGCUAAAGAAUUUUCUGAUCCUGAGACACUGGAUAUGUUGUCUAGCCUAGGAUUACAGCAGAGCUUAGGUUAUACUGGGUUACUUGAUUGUGCAAGGACAGUUUCACUUCUAAAUGAUUCAAGGGACUCAGAAACUAUUCCUUACGGAAGGAGGUUGCUUGCCUGUUUGGAUGCUCUAGGUCCAAAGCUUUCAACUGAAGAGGGAGAAAAGUCUUCGGAGUUGUUUGGAGAAGGUCUUGACUCUUCAAUUUGUAAAGAUGAUUGUGAUGUUGGUGCUUUUAUAGGUAGCUUGGUAGAUGGUAAACCACAAGAAGAAUUUUGGUCAGAGCUUAAAUCUAUUAAAUGGUGUCCAGUCUAUGUUGAUCCACCUCUGCAAGGUCUUCCAUGGAAAAAUUCUAGUGAUCUUGUGGCAACCCCCAGCAUGGCAAGACUUAAGUCAGACAUGUGGAUAGUGUCAUCUACUAUGUAUGUAUUAGAUGCUGAGUGCUGCUCCACGUAUGUAAAGUGUAAAUUGGGUUGGAUGGAUUGUCCUGGUGUGCAAGUUUUAUCAACUCAACUGAUUGAACUGAGCAAAUCAUAUUGUCAGCUCAAGUUAGAUUGUGCUGUUGAUCCUGCUUUUGAUGCUGAGAUGCAGAAGGGAGUUAUGUCAGUUUAUACAUUGAUGCAAGAGUAUAUCAAUACUCAAGAUCUUGUGCUACUGAAGUCAGCUCUUGAAGGAGUUUCUUGGGUGUGGAUUGGUGAUGGCUUUGUGUCCCCAAAUGAUCUUGCAUUUGACUCGCCUGUCAAAUUUCAUCCUUACUUGUAUGUGGUUCCAUCUGAGUUGUCAAGCUUUAGAGAUCUUUUUUUAGCUUUGGGUGUGAAACUUAGUUUUGAGGUUUCUGACUAUUUCCGUGUUCUGGAAAAGUUACAAACUGAUGUAAAAGGAUCUCCACUAUCAGAUGAUCAGUUAUGUUUUGUACUUUGUGUUCUUGAAGCUGUUGCAGACUGUUUUUCAGACUUGCCUCCAGCCGAAGUUUCAAGUGCUCAUUUACUAAUUCCAGAUGCUUCUGGUGUUUUGAUGUAUUCAAAAGAUCUUGUUUUCAAUGAUGCACCGUGGAUGGCAAACAACAUUUCAAUUGGAAAAAACUUUGUGCACCAAAAAAUAAGUGAUGAUUUGGCAUCAAUUUUGGGUGUGCAGUCACUUAGGUGUAUGUCUUUGGUUGAUGAAGAGAUGGCGAAAGAUUUGGUUUGCAUGGAUUUUGCUAGAAUUAGCGAGCUUUUGACGCUAUAUGCUAGUGAGGAUUUUCUAUUGUUUGACCUCCUUGAGUUGGCAGAUAGCUGCAACACAAAGAAGAUGCACAUAAUCUUUGACAAAAGGGAACAUCCUCGCCAAUCUCUGUUGCAACAUAAUCUAGGUGAACUUCAAGGGCCUGCUUUACUUGUUGUCUUUGAAGGGGCUGGCUUAAGUAGGGAGGAAGUUACUAGCCUGCAAUUCCUUCCUCCUUGGAGACUCCGGGGCGAUACUCUUAAUUAUGGUUUAAGUUUGCUGAGCUCUUUUUCUGUUUGUGAUCUCCUAUCGGUAAUGUCUGGGGGAUACUACUAUAUAUUUGAUCCCCGUGGUCUGGUGCUUGCUCCUUCCUCAAGUCACUCGCCUGGAGCAAAAGUGUUCUCUUUGACUGGUACUAAUUUGACUGAACGGUUUCAAGAUCAAUUUUCUCCUAUGCUUGUGGGCCAAGAUAUGUUCUCAUCUGAGAUGACCGUUAUCCGCAUGCCACUUUCAUCUGACUUCAUGAAGGAGGAACCUGAUGCUGGGUUUCAGAAAAUAAAGCGGAUAUAUGACAAAUUUGUGGAGCAUGGAUCUCGUGUACUUCUAUCCUUGAAGUCAGUUUUACAGGUCACAUUGUCCAGAUGGGAGGAAGGAAACCUACAACCUUUAGAAGAUUAUUCAGUUUGUGUUGAUUCAUCAUCUGCCAGAGUAAGAAAUCCUUUUUCUGAAAAGAAAUGGAGGAAGUUCCAAAUAUCUAGGCUGUUUAGCAGCUCAAAUGCUGCCACUAAGAUGAACGUCAUUGACAUCACCUGUCACCAAGGAGAAAGUAAAGUCGCUGAUCGAUGGGUCACUGUCCUCAGUAUGGGUUCUGGACAAACAAGAAACAUGGCCCUUGAUAGGCGUUAUCUAGCAUACAACCUCACACCUGUUGCUGGAGUUGCAGUUCAUGUGUCCCGAAAUGGUCAUCCUGCCGACAUAUCUCAUUCAAGCUGUGUCAUGUCCCCUCUUCCUUUGUCUGCAAAGAUAGACAUGCCUGUCACAAUGAUGGGAUAUUUUCUUGUCCGUCACAAUAGGGGUCGUUAUCUAUUCAAAGUUCAGGAAGGGCAUGAAGCACAACCUGAUGCUGGAAGUCAGUUGAUAGAGGCUUGGAAUAAAGAGUUGAUGACUUGCAUUCGUGAUUCCUAUAUUGAGAUCACUAUGGAAAUGCAGAAGUUGAGACGAGGAUCUGCAGAUGAGCCAAGUGCUGGCCAAGCAGUUGAUCUUGCUUUAAAGACAUUUAGUGAUCAUCUUUAUUCUUUGUGGCCAAGAUCAGAUAUGAAUUCACUGAAAGAUCAGGCUGAUGGUAAUAAGUUGGUUUCAGCAAGAGUGCCUAAAGCAGAUUGGGAAUGCAUAGUUGAACGCGUAAUAAGGCCAUUCUAUGUUCGCCUUGCUGACCUUCCGGUAUGGCCAUUGUAUUCAGGAAGCCUUGUGAGAGUUGAAGAGGGUAUGUUUCUGUCACAGCCUGGGAAUGGAGUUGGUGAUAGUUUGCUUCCAGCUACGGUUUGUAAUUUUGUCAAGGAGCACUAUCCAGUGUUUUCUGUACCAUGGUAUCUCAUAAGUGAGCUUCAGUUGGUGGGAGUUACAGUUCGAGAAAUAAAACCAAAAAUGGUUCGUGAUCUUCUUAGAGUUUCCUCAACAUCUAUGGUUGUCCGGUCAGUGGAGACAUAUGUUGAUGUUCUUGAGUAUUGCUUGUCAGACAUCCACCUUCCUGAGUCUUCUGCUUCCAGUGAGGCUGACACAUUAGUAGACUUGAACUCCCCACAAGAAAGUAGACUACUUGAUGGAAGUUCUACAUCAUUGGCUAGCAUCCGUGGACUUCAUGGGGUAUCCACUCAUAGUACAACAACCUCAGGAGGGGAUGCACUUGAAAUGAUGUCAAGUUUAGGAAAGGCCCUCUUCGACUUUGGACGAGGAGUAGUUGAAGAUAUAGGCAGAACUGGAGGUCCAACGGCUCAAAGGGAUAGAUUUACAAAUGUUAAUAGUUUCAAUGUUUCCCGUGGUGGAAAUAAGUUUCUGUCCAUUGCAGCUGAGCUGAGAGGCUUGCCAUGUCCCACUGCAGCGAACAAUUUAGCAAGGCUGGGAAUCACUGAUCUUUGGGUUGGAAACGAUGACCAGCAGAUGCUAUUACGUCCACUGUUGGAAAAAUUUAUUCACCUUAAGAUAUUGGACCGGCCUAGUUUAGCUGAUCUUUUUUCUGAUGACUCAGUACAGUCUUUGUUGAAAUUGCACAAGCUUUCCCUUCAUUUAUUAGCUAAUCAUAUGAGGUCGGUUUUCCAUGAAAGUUGGGUGAACCAUGUUAUGAACUCGAAUAUGGCUCCAUGGUUUUCUUGGGAAAAUAACAUGAAUUCUGGUGGAGAAGCUGGUCCGAGUUCUGAUUGGAUUAGACUCUUCUGGAAAAACUUUGAUGGAUCAGCAGAUGAUCUUUCACUGUUUUCUGAUUGGCCCUUAAUACCUGCAUUUCUUGGCAGGCCAGUCUUGUGCCGUAUAAGAGAGCGUGAUCUUGUUUUCAUUCCACCCCUUUCUACGUGUGCAUCUUCUGGCAACAGUGUCUUGGAAAGGGACACAUCAGAAAACAUGUUGAGUGGACUUUCUGUAGAUCAUCCAUCUCUACCAGAAAGUGUUCGGCCGUACUCUUUUGCUUUUAGUGAGGCCCAUAGUAGAUACCCUUGGUUGUUGUCAUUUCUAAACCAGUGCAAUAUACCUUUAUAUGAUCCUGCUUUCUUGGAUUGUGCGGGUCCGUGUAAUUGCCUUCCCUCCAAUGGCCAAUCAUUAGGACAAGUAAUUGCUUCAAAACUUGUUAUCGCUAAAAGAGCUGGUUAUUUUCCAGUUCUUACCUCUUUUCCAGCUUCAGAUUGCGAAGAGCUGUUCAAUCUUUUCGUUACAGAUUUUGUCUCUAAUAGGUCCAACUAUGGGAGAGAGGAGCUGGAAGUAUUACGUGCAUUGCCGAUAUAUAAGACAGUAGUGGGAUCGUAUACACAAUUACAUGGCAACGACCUCUGUGUGAUUGCUUCAAAUUCUUUUCUGAGACCAUUUGAUGAGCGUUGUCUUUCCUAUAGCAUGGAUUCUGAUGAAAGUAUGCUACUUCGAGCUCUGGGUGUUCCUGAGUUGCAUGACCAGCAGAUUCUAGUACAGUUUGCAUUGCCUGGGUUUGAGAGUAAAAGUCAGACACAGAAGGAGGACAUAUUAAUCUACAUUUAUAUGAAUUGGAAAGAGCUCCAAAUUGAAUCUUCUGUGGUGGAUGCUCUCAAGGAGACUCGUUUCAUAAGAAACGCUGAUGAAUUUUCUUUGGAGCUGUCGAAAUCACAUGCUCUAUUUGAUCCAAAUGAUGAUUUAUUAACCUCUGUAUUUUCUGGUGAGCGAAAGAGAUUUCCUGGGGAACGGUUCACAACAGAAGGCUGGCUUCAAAUUCUGAGAAAGUUAGGUCUUCGAUCAUCCUCAGAAGCAGAUGUGAUGCUUGAAUGUGCCAAAAGAGUAGAGUUUCUUGGUUCUCAGUGCAUUAAACAAAAUCAAGAUCUUGGAGAGUUUGAAGAGGACACUGCUAGUUCUCAUAAUGAACUGUCUUCAGAGAUAUGUGCACUAGCUGAAUCUGUUGUGGAAGCUGUAUUUUCAAACUUUGCCGUGCUUUACAGCAACAGCUUCUGCAAUGCUUUUGGUGAGAUUGCUUGUAUACCAUCUGAAAGAGGUUUUCCUAAUAUUGGUGGUAAGCGGGGUGGAAAGCGAGUGCUUUCAUCAUAUAGUCAAGCUAUUUUGUUGAAAGAUUGGCCGCUGGCAUGGAGUUGUGCUCCCAUCCUUUUGAGGCCUAAUGUAGUUCCACCUGAGUACUCCUGGGGAGCAUUAUACCUGAGGAGCCCUCCGUCAUUUUCUACAGUGUUAACACAUUUGCAGACUUUUGGAAAAGAUGGUGGUGGGGAUGCACUUGCACAUUGGCCAACGGCUGCUAGCAUGAUGACUGUUGAGGAUGCUGCAUGUGAGGUCCUCAAAUACCUUGCUAAAGUUUGGGAUUCUCUCUCUUCUGCAGAUCUACAAGAGUUGGAGAAGGUCGCUUUUUUGCCUGCAGCAAAUGGUACUCGGCUGGUGAAAGCAAGUUCUCUCUUUGUGCGUCUGGGAGUAAACUUGUCCCCAUUUGCAUUUGAACUUCCAUCUAUAUAUCUCCCCUUUGUAAGGAUCCUCAAAGACAUGGGUUUACGGGAAACUCUUUCUGUAUCCAUUGCAAAGGACCUUCUUUUGAAUCUUCAGAAAGCAUGUGGAUAUCAACGUCUAAAUCCGAAUGAACUCCGUGCAGUAAUGGAAAUUUUACAUUUCAUUUGUGAUGAAACUGAUGAUUCUAAAUCAGAAAGGACUGACUGGGAUUUCGAUGCAGUAGUACCUGAUGAUGGUUGCAGACUUGUUCAUGCAAGAUCAUGUGUAUAUAUUGAUUCCUGUGGCUCCCGUUUUGUAACAUUUAUAAAUUCAUCUAGACUCAGGUUUGUCCAUGCGAGUGUUCCAGAAAGAACGUGUUUAACUUUAGGCAUCAAAAAGCUAUCUGAUGUAGUUGUGGAGGAACUAAAUGUUGAGGUGCAAACUCUGGGAAGUAUAGGGCCAAUUUCAUUGGCUUUCAUGAGGAGAAAAUUGUUGAGCAGAUCAUUUCAGGAUGCAGUAUUCAAAAUUCUUAGAAAUUUUAAAAGCAACAUUCCGGCAUAUAAUAAUUUGUCACGAGAACAAGUGAAUUAUUUGCUCGAGGAUGCUGCGGACAAGAUGCAGUUUGUUCAGUCCAUCUAUACUCGGUUUCUGCUUCUUCCUGAUUGCAUUGACGUUACCUAUGUUCCAAAGGGAUCAACUCUUCCAGAGUGGGCUGUGGAACAUGAGCAUCGUGCUCUUUACUACAUCAAUAAAGGAAAGACCCUCGUUUUAGUUGCUGAACCUCCAGAAUAUAUAUCUGUUGUAGAUGUAAUUGCCAUUGUUUUGAGUGAUAUUUUAGGCUCUCCUAGUCCAUUGCCUUUUGGUGGUUUAUUUCUCUGCCCGGAAGACUCAGAGAGUGCACUCACUGAUGUUUUGAGAAUUUGCUCUGAAAACAAAGGAAGAGAGACUAUGAGGAAUAACAUUGACUUGUUAGGCAAAGAUAUACUUGCUCAAGAUGCUCGUCAAGUUCAAUUACACCCUUUAAGGCCAUUUUAUAUGGGAGAAAUAGUUGCUUGGCGGUCUCAAAAUGGGGAGAAGUUGAAAUAUGGUAGAGUUCCAGAAGACGUUAGACCCUCAUCUGGACAAGCGCUCUAUCGUUUUGGAGUUGAAAUUGCUCCUGAAGUGAUAGAGACUCUUCUGUCUUCACAGGUCUUUUCGUUCAGAAGUGUAUCAUUCGACAAUGAGGGCUCAUCAGUAAUGUUGCCAGAUGUCAACAAUGUGGUGUCUCAAAAUGCAACGCGUGCCCAGGUUCCAGAGGAUACAAGAAGAGACAAGAUUACUUCAAUACAGUUGCAAACAGGGAAAGAUCUCCAGUAUGGGCGAGUUGCACCUGCAGAAUUGGUGCAGGCGGUUCAUGAGAUGCUCUCUGCUGCAGGGGUCAGUAUUGACAUGGAAACACAGACAUUGCUACGUACGAACUUGACUUUGCAGGAGCAACUUAAGGAUUCUCAGGCUGCAUUCCUGCUUGAACAGGACAAGGCUGAUACUUUGGCUAGAGAAGCUGAUACGGCCAAAGCAGCAUGGCAGUGCCGGAUAUGUUUGAGUGCAGAAGUAGACGUUACACUCGUUCCUUGUGGACACGUGCUUUGUCGUAGGUGCUCCUCUGCUGUUUCUAGGUGUCCUUUCUGCCGUAUCCAGGUUUCAAAGACGCUAAAGAUUUUCCGGCCAUGAAACUGCGAUUGCCGCCUCAGCACACAAAUGCUAUUUGUUUUUUGGGUCAGUGAGUGGAAGGAGUCAAGGAACUGCAGAAUUUUUCUAGGCCUUGACUGUUGAAACGAUGUAGAGAUAGUGGUACCUUUGCCUCUGCUUGCUCUGCUGUUCACGCGGUUGAUCCAGUUGGUUUCAGAAAGAAGGGUAGCAUCCCAGCCUCUUUCCAGCAGCGCAUUCUGACGAGAUUCGUCUUUCUUUUUACUUACUUGAAAAUGGCCAAACCCGGAUUUCGUCUUCCUUUUGAUUUUUCUGGUCUUCAAGCCUGCCUUCAUCACCAUACAAAGGGGACAGUUGAUAAACAGUCGAGAACGAAAUCCAAGGUGAAAGAGAGGAAUAUAUAGCUUCAGCUUCAUUUUUUUGUAUAGUGUACACUGUACAGUAUAUAGAAUAUAGCCAUAUAGGUGUAACUUGUGUCGUAACGUGGGUUGUUAUUACUGUAUAUUAUAAACCAUUCUCAUCCA